AUGAGCUACUCUGCCUCCAACCCAGAAUCAAAAACCAAAGGAGUAACAAUACUCUUCUCCGCAGAUACCCCAUUCCACAUGGAAGGGGAGCUCCCGGACCCCAGUGGUAGGUACCUCUUCCUGAAGGGCACAAUACACAACACGCAGUUUACCUUCGCCAACCUGUACCUCCCGAACAAAGGACAAAAACCCUUCCUUAAGAAGACGCUCGCACUGCUGGACUCCUUCAACGAAGGUAAAUUGAUCCUCGGCGGAGACUUCAACACGCUGGAACCAAGACUAGACACAUCAACAGGCCACUCAACCCUACCAGGCCAUGUACUUCAGAGCAUGAAAGCCACCCUUCAUGAAGUCAGACUGCUGGCGUGCCCUACACCACUCGGAGAAAGACUAUACGUUCUUCUCCCCUCCUCAUAA